AUGGUGAACGGAGCGAGGACGGCGCCGGGACAAAGGGUCGUCAGGGGGGGGGGGUGGAGGGUAGGGGGGGGGGGGGUGGGGGUGGGGGGGGGGGGGGGGGGGGGAGGGGGGUGGGGGGGGGGGGGGGGGGGGGGGGUGGGGGUGGGGGGGGGGGGGGGGGGGGGGGGGGGGAGGGGGGGGGGGGGGGUGGGGGGGGGGGAGGGGGGGGGGGGGGGUGGGGGGGGGGGGGGGGGGGGGGGGGUGGGGGGGGGGGGGGGGGGGGGGGGGGGUGGGGGGGGAGGUGAGGGGGGGGGGGGGGGGGGGGGGGGGGGGGGGGGGUGGGGGGGGGGGGGGGGGGAGGGGGGGGUGGGGGGGGGGGGGGUGGUUGUGAGGGGGGUGGAGGGGGGGGGGGGGGGGGAGGGGGGGGGGGGGGGGGGGGGGGGGGGGGUGGGGGAGGGGAGGGGGGGGGGGGGGUGGUGGAGAGGGAGGGGAGAGGGGGGAGUGGUUUGGUGGAGAGGGAGUAAAGGGGGGAGUGGUUUGGUGGUACGAGGGAGGGGAGGGGGGAGUGGGUUUGGUGGAGAGGGAGGGGAGGGGGGAGUGGUUAUGGCGGAGAGGGAGGGGGAGGGGGGAGUGGUUUUGGUGGAGAUGCGGAGGGGAGGGGGGGAGUGGUUUGGCGGAGAAGGGAGAGUUCCCCUUCGCUGCCGCUGCUGCUGCUUCCGUCUCGACUCCCGUGAGUUUGAGUUCACUCCGGGGCGAGAGCUGUCGUCCUCCGUCCAAACACGCCGCAAUAAUUUGGUGCUCAUCGUGCGUUACACUAAUCUCCUGCCCUUGAACCACGGUCUACCUGCGCGCCUAUAA